AUGCCGAAAAGGUGUGCUCAAGAGAAGAUCGAACAUUACAAUCGAAAAAUCAGAAAAUUAGAAGAAAAACAAAAGCGGAAGAGAAUUCGGAGAAACGUAAUUUCGACAGACUCAGACGAAAUCUCAGAUAACGAGCCACGAGUCAGUAGCGAGGUAGUAAUACCGGCUGCUACUCCACCAGAAACAGCCGCAAACCUACCUGAAGCUGAGACAUCUAAUCAAGAUGCUAGUGAGACAGUUCAAGAUUCAACCAUAGUUCCCGAACUAGAUCCCGAAAUACUAAUCGCCCUAGGCGAAGCAACGGAUGACUCACCAAAAUAUGGUGAAAACAUACACGACAAUCUAGCUCGACUAUGGCAACCUAUUCUCAAAAAAGGUUUGAACAAAGAGUCAAAGGAUAAAUUAUUGAAACAAUAUUUAAUCCCGGCUAACUGUACGCUCCUUAAAGCCCCAAAGCUAAAUCCAGAGAUAGCUGCAGCUGUCUCGGACGCCGUCAGAGGACGGGAUAAAAGAGUAGAAGCAGUUCAGGAUCAGCUGGCUUUAGGGUUAACCGCACUAAACAGAGGUCUGUCGAUUCUCCUGGACAAUGAUCAAGAUAAACUCCAGGCAAUAAAACUUAUAAGUGACAGUUGUCGCAUUUUGUGCGAUCUACACUUCGUUGAAACUCAAGCUAGGACGAAAUUCGUGACAGUCGGCUUGGAAAAGUCCUUCCUCAAGGUCAUACAGGACGUUGACCGAGACGAAAUGCUCUUCGGAAGCAGCCUCCCUGAAAAAGUAAAAGCUUCAAAGGCAAUAGAAAAACAAGGACUACAGAUUAAAAAAUCCAGUCCCAUAGUUAAAACCCAAACGCCCGCUUCACAACAAUCAUCUAGUCGUACGGCCUCCCAGGGAAACUGGGUGGCCCCUCCCCGUUAUCCAUCGAACAGAGGAGGACGAGGGGGGGGCAAGAAGGGAGUAAUGACCAACCGCAGAGCUCCUGUUUCGAACGCACCAAAAACUUCAUUCCAGACGAGACAACGUGCCCCAACGCGUCAUUAA